UGCAUCAUGGCUGGGGAACAGUCCGACUUGCCUCCGCUGGCAGACAACGAGAGCGGUGUUAUUGGCUUGAUGGAGGUCGAGCCGUCACCCGUCGAAGAAACCCCCGUCGAGUUCAAAGGCGAUUAUUUCCCUUCUCCGCCGUCUUCAACCACAACUUCGACGCUAGGCCUGGGGAACCAUGGACCGGCAUACUAUCUUCAACGUGUCCAGAAAUACUCUUCCUACGCCUUCACCGUCUUCGCCUCGUUCCACAUCGCAAACACAUCCAUAAUACCUCUGAUCACGAGGUCUGUCCCGGAGAGCAACCGCUAUCUCCUCCUAACUCGUCCCUACUACCAAUCCGCCUUGACCGAACCUCUCGUUGUCGCCCUUCCUCUUAUCGCCCACAUCUCUUCCGGCAUCGCCCUGCGCUUUUACCGGAGGCGGCAAGCUCUGAAGCGAUAUGGCGCCGAGACCCAUCGCGAUCGAAAGACUAUACCGUGGCCUUCACUGAGCGGCACAAGUGCACUGGGAUACGCUUUGAUCCCCAUGGCUGGGUUUCAUCUGUGGACAACAAGAAUCUUUCCCGUAUAUCUGCACGGAGACAACUCCAUGAUAAGCCUCUCGUACAUCAGUCACGGUUUUGCAUCGCAUCCUUUUGUUUCCUUUGCUGGUUUUACAGCAAUGGUUGGCGUUGGCGCCUGGCACUUUACCUGGGGCUGGGCCAAGUGGCUGGGCUUUGCCCCCUCUCAAGUCAAUGAGAUUGAGUCGAAGAGGCAUCUGAUUCGUAAACGGAGGUGGUAUGCUAUCAACGCUUUAUCAGCCAUGCUUACAACACUGUGGUUAGCAGGAGGACUCGGCAUAGUGGGUCGGGAUGGAAAGACGGGUGGUUGGAUAGGACGAGAGUUCGAAGAGCUUUACAACAGUAUGCCAUUGAUUGGUAGGUGGCGCUAA